UCUGGCUCAGGCUGGUGUCGAACCGAACCUGUGAAUUCAAGCAAUCCACCCUCCUCAGCCUCCCAGAGUGCUGGGAUUAGUCUUGAGCCACCGCGCCCGGCCUUGGCAAACCUCUUAACAUAAUUCAAGGCCACUAUAUUAAGCCGCUGCCAUUCACACUAGCUGGAACUAGGGGAGUAAGUUGACCUACGUUUCCUAUGUUAAAUGGGCAUUACUAUCUUGUUGCGUUGUGGUGAGGACUGAGUUAAUGUAUUUAAAGCACUUAGAAGCAUGCCCAGCCCAGAGGAAGAGCUCAGACUGCCAUUAUCUGCGUGAGGGUGAGAGGACAGUGGCCCUGUGAAUUACGAAAUGAGGCCCCAGGCAUCUGGGACCCCAACCCACCCAACCCCCGCUGAGUAGGGUCAGGGAGGGUGAUCCAGGGCUCUUGGGAGUCACAUCGCCCAAGGCCAGCAGGUCGCAGAGAACUCCUCUCGAAGGCCUGUGGGUCUCCUGUGCUUUUUGCCCCUGUGGAUGCCUGUCUUUCUGUGGGUGUUUGUUUCUAUUUUUCUCCUGUGUGUUGAUGUGACCCUUCGGUCCUACCUCCCCUUUCUGAAUUUGUCUCUCUAGGACUCUUUGCCCACCUCUCCUCCCUUAGUCUAGUUUUCCCUCCCCGUGUGUCUUGCAGUCUGUUUCUCCCUUCCUUCCUCUGUGUCUUUCUCUCUGCUUCUCUAUACGUCUCUAACUCGUCCACUCUGGGUAUCUCCCCCCACCUCCGGCCGGUGGCGGUCUAUCUGGCACGCGCACGCUCUGGGGCCUCUGCCCUUGUCAGUUGCCCCUGACAGUCCUAGUUCCCUUCUCCGUGCGUCAGUCUCCAGACUUGAAAACCGGGCACUCCCCGCCGAAUCGCAGCCAUCCGCUGGCCAAGCUCAGGCGCGUUCCUGGCACCGGGCCGGGCGGAAGGGAACUUGUCCAGGUCCCGCAGGGCUGCUCCGGGGGCGCGCGUCCGGGAAGCGCCCCUCCUGGCCACGCCCCUGGGCCACGCCCCCCCAGGCCCUAUAAGAAGCUGGCUCUGCCUGCCAGCCGCAGCCUGGUUUUAGCGCUCCGACUCACGGCCGACCUUCUCAUGGCCACCCGCGCCACUAUGGAUCUCACUGCCAUCUAUGAGAGCCUCCUGUCGCUGAGCCCUGAAAUACCAUCCGACCACGGAGGGACUGAGUCCAGCCCAGGCAGGGGCUCCUCGGGACUCUGGAGCCUGAACUCAUCGGACAGCCCAUCUGGGGUCCCCUGUCGCCUGCCUGGCCGUUCCACCAGCUUGGUGGAGGCCCGCAGCUGUGGCUGGGUGCCUCCACCCCCUGGCUUCGCACCCCUGGUGCCCCGGUCGGGCCCUGAACUGUCGCCCUCACCCACCUCGCCUACCUCGAUUCCUGCCACUUCCUCCCGCUACAAGACAGAGCUCUGUCGGACCUUCUCAGAGAGUGGUCGCUGCCGCUAUGGAGCCAAGUGCCAGUUUGCCCAUGGCCUGGGUGAGCUGCGCCAGGCCAAUCGCCACCCCAAGUACAAGACCGAACUCUGCCACAAGUUCUACCUCCAGGGCCGAUGCCCCUACGGCUCACGCUGCCACUUCAUCCACAAUCCCAGCGAGGACCUGGCCGCCCCAGGCCAACCUCAUAUGUUGCGUCAGAGCAUCAGCUUCUCUGGCCUGCCCUCAGGUCGCCGAACCUCACCACCACCAGCUGGCCUGGCAGGCCCUUCCCUGUCCUCAUGCUCCUUCUCACCCUCCAGCUCCCCACCACCACCUGGGGACCUUCCACUUUCACCUUCUGCAUUCUCUGCUGCCCCUGGGACCCCUGUGGCAAGAAGAGACCCCACCCCAGCCUGUUGUCCCUCCUGCCGAAGGGCCACUCCAGGCAGUAUCUGGGGGCCCUUGGGUGGCCUGGCUCGGAGCCCCUCUGCACACUCCCUGGGAUCUGACCCCGAUGAAUAUGCCAGCAGUGGCAGCAGCUUGGGGGGAUCUGACUCACCUGUCUUUGAAGUGGGGGUUUUUGGGCCACCCCAGCCACCUGCAGCUGCCCGAAGACUCCCCAUUUUCAAUCGAAUCUCUGUUUCUGAGUGACAAGCACCUGCCCAAUACAGAUCAGCUGAAUCUUUAGGGGGAGCCACUUGUCUUGUACCCUGGGCUCUGCAUGGGCCAUGGGGCUAAGGGGACCUCUUAAUGAAGUAACCCUCCUUCUAAAAUGCAUUAACCUAUUCCCCCUGACCCACGCUGGGGCAGGUCCUCAGUGUGAAGCUCAGUGUUCGGGGUGUUAGGGGAUGAGUGUUUUCUGGGGUCCUUUAGAAAAAAAUGUAGCAUAUUUGAGGGAGGCAGUGAGCCCUCUCCCUGCAUCUCUCCCCCUGCCCAAAUCUGUCUCCUGGAAUCUUGAUGUGCUGUGAAUAACAGGCCCUCAAUACCCCCUUCCAAUUUUUCCCAGACUUGAGGUUCCAGUUAGGGUGACUGGAACCUUCUCUGAGGGGGAAUCCUGGUGCUCAUAUUUCCCUCCAAAAGCAAGUAGCCAAAGCCGUUGCCAAAUCCCUCCUCCAAAACAAUGGGCCCUUUAUUUAUGACGACUUUAUUUAUUCUAAUAAGAUUUUAUAGUAUUUAUAUAUAUUGGGUUGUCUGCUUCCCUUGUAUUUUUCUUCCUCUUUUUUUGUAAUGUUGAAAACAAUGGUAUAAUUAUUAUAAGUAUGCUAUAAUAAUAUAUUAAGUAAUAUAUAUUGUUACCUUAAAUGUCUAUUUUUGGGGGGGGGAAUUUUUAAAUAAAAGGAAUCUG